CUUAUUGCACACAGAACUUACCAAGUAAGUAUUUGAACAAAUAAAUAUUCAUUAUAUUAGUACAUCACAAUAUUUACUGAGAUCAUCUUUAUCAUUAAUUAAUAAUUAUACAUUUAAGACUAUUAUUCAUAUCGUAUACUAAUUUCUUACUAAAUAUAUGUUUGCAACAAACGUUUUGUAACAUACUAAUAUAUUUUCACAUUGGUUUCAAAUUUUAUCGAUAUAAUCAUGAUAAUAUAAAUGUUCCAUAAACGAUAAAUGUUCAAGUGCUAUCGUGAACCGCUAUAAAUUGAACUAAUUUGCCUGACUGUACAGAGAAUCCCGAACUUUUCAGCUGAAAUACCGUCUUGACGUUUCUCGAAGAAUCAAGGGAUAAAAAAGACGUUAUCAUCACGUUAUCGUCACGUGCUGGUGUUAGCUAAUAAGAAGCUAGAGUUAGAGGAUAAUGAAGAAAAUUGGCACGAGUCGCGCACGCGGUCCAAGUUUUACUCCAUUCUAAAAAAAAAUCGUUCCGUUGAAAUUUAACUAGUUGAGAGACAAGUGUCGCGUUGCGAACAAUACACAACUGAUCUUAUUGUAUGCCCGGCUCGACCAUGAGGAACUGGUAAAAAUCAAUGACGCAUGGUUGGAAAUUAGACGCUGCAUCAUCGUCUAAACUUACUCUAUUUAAAGUAUUUCUAUGAUCAUUGUUUAUGAAAUUUUGAUGUAAAAUGAAUGUCAUUUGCUCUAUAUGUAGCGAUCAAUUAAUACAGUCUGAUGAUAUUUUCUAUACGAGAUGUGGACACGUAUUUCAUCUGCAUUGUUUAACGUCGUGGCUUGAAAGAUCAAAAAGCUGUCCACAAUGCAGAGAGAAAGUUACACAGAGUAAAAUUCAUAGGCUUUAUUUUACAUUUUCAAGCAAUGACCUAAUAGUUGAGACUCAAGGCUCAACAUUGCAAGAAAAAGUAGACAGAUUGAAAUUUCAAAUUUUGUUAAAGGAAAAGGACAUCCAAUAUUAUUCCUCAAAAAAUGUCACUUUAGAAAAACAAAACGCUGGCUUAAAGCAAGAAGUUCGGAAAGUAGAGAGUGAGAUUAACAAAAAAAAUGCAGCUAUACAUGCUUUGAAAGAACAGAUAAAUUAUUUCAAAGAACAGAGUUCUCACUGUGAUAACCUAAAGAGAGAAAUUAGUCAGUUAAAAAAUAAGAUUGAAGACCUUAGGCCAAUACAAGUAUUAUUACAUGCUCCUAUCAGUGAUGUUAGUAAAAUGGUUGGAAAAACUAAAGAUCCUCAAACACUUACUAUGUAUAUUUCUAUCAUGAAAAAAGAAUUAAUUGGGAGAUUUAAUAAAUGUAAACAAUUACGCAUGAGUGUUAAAAAGCUGCAAGAAGAACUCUCUAAAGUUAAUACAAAAUCUGAUACCUCAUUAGAACAGUCAAAACGAAUGGACUUAGAAGAAAAGCUAGCAUUUUCAGAGAGUAAAAAUAUAGCAUUACAAAAACGAGUUAAUGAAUUAGAAGAGAUACUUGACAUCAAUGAGCAGAGUAAUAGUAAAUUAGAAAUCCAAAUAGCAGAAGAUGUAAACAAUAUUUCUAUAAAAAAUCCAACUGAAAAAACAUCAAAAAAACACAGUCAAGACAUCUCAAAUAAAAAUUCUAUAUUAAAUUGCUCUACUAAACAAAAAACUGAAAAGAUAUGCAAUGCUAAAACCAUACAACAAAAAAUACAGGAUUGUCAGGCAGAUAAUGAUACAAGUGAUUUAGAACUAGAUUUAAUAGAUUGUAACUCCUCCAAAAAUUCUUCAAUAGAGUUUAAGAGAUUUAAAUUGUCAGAAGAUGAUAUAAACGUUUCACAUACAAGUCAUAAUAAUAAAUCCUCAAAUAGUUCUAUAUCAAAGAAAAGAAAAAAAAAUAAUACCAAAAAAAAGGUAUCUGACAUUGAAGACGAACACGAGAGUAGUGUGAUUGAUCUUACCUGGUUUGAAUUUCAUAAAAAGUUGAUGUUAUUAAACCAACAAAGCGUAUUAGAAAUUAGCGGCUUGCGAGAAGAAAGUACUAAGGAAUGGUUUGUUUCUUUUAAAAAGAUUCCUGUCCUUAUAUACGAAGCUAUACAAAUUGAUAUAUGGAAACAUAAAGUAUUUCCACUUUUGAUUGAAAUAAAUGAAGAACCAAAAAAUACUUUUAUGCUUUACACUGUAUUUUAUCACGAAGAUAUUGCCGUUUCAUUAUUAGAAAACGUGUUGUUUCAUUGUGAAAGUGCAGAAACUAUAAAUGAUUCUGCUCUUGACCUUGUCGAUUAUGCUGUUAAAUCUGUAUCUUUACUCCUCGAUAUGCCUGUCAUCGAAAUUUAUGAAAAUGUAAGAGACCCAAACUCAUGUCUUGAAGAAAUAUUUGAGAAAAAGAAAGAAUUUGAAUUUGAUAUUGGUAUACGUUGCAUUUCGAUUCUCCGUUACUUGGCCGAAUACGUAGAUAAUUUACCACUGUGUGUAUUAUCGCGACUGUUAGCUACUCAUGAUGUGCCCUAUUUACUUGCUGAACUCAUUGAAAGACAUCCGUGGAAAAAGGAAAGUACAGAAGGUGAAAAUAUGAUAUAUAACAGUGGUUGGAGAAAAGUAAAGUCAGGUGAAGAAGGAAAAAUUUCUAAAAUAGAAGGACAAGUUUGGCUUGGUUUAAGGGAAUUAUUGCUUAAUACAAAAAGUGCACCUUAUUAUGAAAUUACUGAUCAUAGGUUUUCUCAGUUAUUAAAGUUACAGAAAUAUUUACACGAAUGUGUACUGGAUCAAAUUUCACCUUUAAUAGAUCUAAAAAGAUGGUUAAAUUAUUUAAGUGUAUCAUCACCUAAUGGUAAUGCACUGCGAGCAGUAAAUGUGGAACUUAUACCACAGAUAAAAUCGUCAAUAAUAGAGAAAUAUCAUAAAAAGUGGAAAAAAUUAGCAAAACAUCAAUCAAAAUUUAUAUACACUACAGACGUUGAUUACAUUAAAAAUGCUGCUCAAAUUUUAAGCGAUGCAUAUGAUUUAGACAAACUGGAUUGCAUCGAUGUUAAAGAAUGCCCUUUAUGUCAUGAAGAAGCAAAAAAACGUUGUUCUAAAUGUAAAGAAGUUUGGUACUGCGGAAGAGAGUGUCAAGUAAAAGAUUGGGUGAAGCAUAAGAAUAUUUGUGACAAGAUAACAAAAAACAUGGAAUGUGAGAAAGACUAAUUUCGAAAUUUGUGUCUGAAAAAAGAAUAUUUAAUUAUAUUUUCAGUAUUUAUCCAAGAAAUAAAGAAAUUAAAAAUAUAAAAA